AUGUCUUCUUCCGAGCAGACCUUCAUUGCUAUCAAGCCCGAUGGCGUCCAGCGCGGCCUCAUUGGUCCCAUCAUCUCUCGUUUCGAGAGCCGCGGCUUCAAGCUCGCCGCCAUAAAGCUCGUCAGCCCCGGCAAGGCGCACCUUGAGGCUCACUACGCUGAUCUCAAGGACAAGCCUUUCUUCAAAGGUCUUGUUGAGUACAUGGCCUCUGGCCCCAUCUGCGCCAUGGUCUGGGAAGGCCGUGAUGCCGUCAAGACUGGUCGUACCAUUCUCGGUGCCACCAACCCUCUUGCGUCCGCCCCUGGCACCAUUCGUGGUGACUACGCCAUCGACGUCGGCCGCAACGUCUGCCACGGCUCCGACUCCGUCGAGAAUGCCAAGAAGGAGAUUGCUUUGUGGUUCAAGGAGGGUGAUGUUGUCAGCUACAAGCAGUCGCAGUUCAGCUGGAUCUACGAGAAGGAGUAA